AUGCGAGACAGCCAGACUGCUCUGUCCAAACUUUGUCAGAACCUUCUACUGAAGUGCCCUCUGAAGUACCCCACUGUCCGAAAUAUGAUUUGCCUGGACCCCCAGAAAAUGUACACUGAACCAGACAUGUGCCUGCAAAAAAUGAAGGCCCUUAUCAUCAAGUUCGUGCAGGAUAAGAAGUUGUCUGGAGGAGUGACAGCGGGUGAUAAGAUUGCCGAACAAUUUCAGAAGUUUCUCCUCAGUGAGGCCAGAGGAGAGGAGUUCAUGGCUUUCAGUGCAUUGGAUGGAAAAUCCCGAGUUGACAGCUUCCUGCAUAAGGCCAUGAACGGAUAUGCAGAACUUUGGAGCUUUGUGGAAAAGCUGCUGCUCUUGUCCCAUGGGCAAGCUACUGUGGAGCGUGGGUUCUCCAUAAACAAGCAGGUGGAGAUGUACAAUAUGAAUGAAGACACUGUAGUCUCACAGAGACUUAUCUGCGACUAUGUGAGAACGUGUGGUGGAGUGGUCAAAGUGCCGUUAACUAAAGAACUGUUGAAUGAGUGUUCAUCCGCCCGCAACCGAUACAGGAUGUUCUUGGAUGAUGAGAGGAAGAAAAGGGAAAAGACAAAACAGACCAACAAGAGAAAAGAGAUUGAAGGUGAGCUUGAAGAGCUACGCAAGAAAAGAAGAACAAUCUCAACCGUGUGUGAAACUCUACACAACGAUGCAGAUAGCUUUGCAGAGAAGGCUGAGAAUGCAGCAGGAACCAAGAUGGCGGAACUUAUAACUAAAUCCAAUACCAUGAGAAGAAGAUGCAAGGAAAAGAGAGGGGAGUUAGUGGAGCUAGACUGUGAAAUUGAGAAGAGAGUGGCAGAGCUACCCCACAUGUCUUGA